UCAAAAGUUACCGUAACACAACUCAGUCACUCUGUACUGCUGUAUACAGAGUAUGUAAGCUGAUAAAGAUAGAAGUGAACCCACUCUUCUGAUUCUCUAAUGGCGGAACAGAAUAGCAACCUCAUGAUCGACCCAAGAAGCGGGUUUUGCAAAUCCAACUCUACCUUCUACAGCAAACGCCAACCAGUCGCUUUACCAUCCAAUGAAUCUCUCGACAUCACCACUUUCAUCUCUUCACAUGCCCACCAUGGCAAGACUGCCUUCAUCGACGCAACCACUGGCCACCGCCUCAGUUUUACGGAGAUCUGGAGAGCCGUCGACUCCGUUACUUCAUCUCUCUCUGAAAUGGGGAUUCGCAAAGGUCACGUCAUCCUCCUCCUCUCUCCUAACUCCAUCUUCUUCCCCAUCGUUUGCCACUCCGUCAUGUCCCUCGGUGCAAUCAUCACCACCAUCAACCCUCUCAACACCCAUCGCGAAAUCUCCAAACAAAUUGCAGAUUCCAAACCCGUUCUCGUCUUCACAAUUCCCCAACUUGUCCCUAAACUCGGCGACUCAAACCUCCCCAUCGUACUCAUCGGCCAUGAACUAAAUACAUUACCCAAUUCCACCAUCAAACCCAGAAUAGUGACAACAUUAGAAGCCAUGAUGAACAAAGAACCGAGUCAGAGCCGAGUCAAGGAAAGGGUGAGUGAGGACGACGCGGCAACAUUGCUAUACUCGUCCGGUACUACCGGGGUUAGCAAAGGAGUAUUAUCAUCGCAUAGUAACCUAAUAGCUAUGGUUCAAGCUACUUUAGGUCGGUUUCGAUUAGACGAAGGAGAGCAAACGUUUAUCUGCACCAUCCCUAUGUUUCAUAUCUACGGGUUAGCAGUAUUUGCGACGGCAUUAUUGGCCUCAGGAUCGACGGUGGUGGUUCUUUCUAAAUUCGAUAUGGACAAAAUGCUCGUGGCAAUCGACAAGUAUUCUGCGACGUACCUCCCUCUUGUGCCACCAAUACUGGUGGCACUGGUAAACAAUGCCGAUCAUAUUAAGAAGAAGUACAAUUUGAGUUCACUUCGAUCGAUUUUAUCGGGUGGUGCGCCGUUGGGUAAAGAGCUGAUAGAGGGGUUUUUGGGGAAGUACCCGACGGUGGCGAUUUUGCAGGGCUAUGCGAUGACUGAAUCAACGGGUAUAGGGGCUUCGACCGACUCUUUGGAAGAGAGUAGACGGUACGGCACGGCGGGAUUGUUGUCGCCAAACAUGGAGGCCAAGAUUGUUGACCCAGACAGUGGAGAGGCGUUGCCGGUAAAUCGGACGGGUGAGCUUCGGCUUAGAGGUCCGACGAUUAUGAAAGGUUAUUUCGGUAAUGAAGAAGCAACUGCAUCAACUCUGGAUUCAAAUGGAUGGUUAAGAACUGGAGACCUAUGCUACAUCGAUGAUGACGGAUUCAUCUUUGUUGUCGAUAGGCUGAAGGAACUGAUCAAAUACAAGGGCUACCAGGUUCCUCCGGCGGAGCUAGAGGCUUUGUUACUCACUCAUCCGGAAAUUGAUGAUGCUGCUGUUAUCCCAUUUCCGGAUAAGGAGGUUGGGCAGUAUCCCAUGGCAUAUGUGGUACGAAAAACAGGAAGCGAUUUGUCGGACAGUUCUGUCAUGGACUUCAUUGCUAAACAGGUUGCUCCUUAUAAAAAAAUCCGGCGAGUGGCAUUUGUAGCUUCCAUCCCCAAGAAUCCAUCAGGCAAGUUACUCAGGAAGGAUCUGAUAAAACUUGCAACCUCUAAACUCUGA